AUGGAAUACAACCCCCGAAUGAGCAUGGCGGGAGGGCGAUCUGUGUCUAGCCAGCAGCAGAAGAAGGUCAAAGAGCCCGAUGAGGACGCGUUCAUGACACUUCCGGACAAGGAGAUAGCAGGAUGCAUCAGCGACAUUGGUAUCAACUUCACCCUCGAAGACCUCCGAAAGCCCAACCCGCAGCAGAUUCAGAAAGUCUUCGAAUGGUUUGCUGAACUGCUCACCAACACGACUCGCGAAGUCGUGGCGCCCGCGAUGCGUGCUGCAGCCGAGGACAUGUGCGGCGACGAUGUUGAGCGCAUAUUCACGGCGGACACGCGCGAGCUCAUGGGCUUCUUCAUCACCAUGCGCAAACUGCUCCUCGAGUGCGGCAUCAAGGAUUUCACCUUUAGCGAUCUCUACCGACCGACUCACCCCCGACUGGUCAAGAUAUUCAGCUAUAUCAUCAACUUUAUCCGCUUUCGCGAAAGCCAGACGAACGUGAUCGAUGAGCAUUACAACAGCUCGGAGAGGACGAAGAACACGAUCGAACAGCUCUACCACGCAAAUCAGGAGAAAGAAGAUCGACUGCACGAAAUGCAGCAGAACAGGAAGAACGUGGAAGCAGCGCUACAGCAGAAAGAGCAACGAUCUCAGGAACUCAAGACUCGUCUUCUCGAACUGAAGAAAGCCCAGGAACGCGUGACGGAGAAGCUCGAACGCGUCAAGGGAGAACAGUCCCGCUUGAAGUCCCUCCUGGAAGACAAGACCACAUCCGUAAUGCAGACUCGAAAUGAAGCAGCCAAGCUCCGUCCAUACACCGAACAGUCCCCCGCACACCUCGAGCAGUCUCUGCGGGACCUGAGCUCCAACCUCGCUGCCGAUCGGCACGAGAUCGAGCGUCUCGACAAACGCGCUCGAGCACUCCAGACGUCCUGCGACACCUUUACCCUCUUACAGACGGACAUCUCAUCUCUCACGAGAUUACUGGGAGACUUGCAGCUGGAGUUGCACAAGGAAGAUGAAGAACAACGCGCCGCGGGGAAGAAUCGAGAUGCGCUGACGGAAAAGUCGAAUAGCGUGCGCGAAGUCGAGAGGCAAGAGAAAAUGCUUAGGAAGCAAUUGCAGCAAUGGCAGGAUCGGACGGAGAAGCUCCGCAGGGACGCAGAGACGAGAGCGUUGAAUGCAAAGAGUAAGAUGGAGGCGUUGCGAGCGAAGCAUAGGGAGCUGACUGCAGAGCGGAGGGAUCGGGGAGAGGAAAUUGAGAAGAGGAGGGUCAGGGUUGAACAGACGGAGAAGAAGAUGGCGGACUUGAAAGAGCAAAUUGAGCAUGAGGUCCAGGCCGCGAGAGAGGAGUACAUGAAGAUGGAGAGCCAUAUCCGGCUGUACAUUACCGAGAUGGAGCAGAGCAUUUGA